AUGUUUUUUCCUUUAUUCUCACUUACCCACUUACUCACUGACAAUAUCUCUCUCAAAAUUUCUUCCUCUCUCACUCUCUCCUUCCCUAUGUUUCAUUCUGUUCGUAUCUAUCUAUCUAUCUAUCUAUCUAUCUAUCUAUCUAUCUACCAAAGUCUGUUCGUAUCUAAGUCUAUUCGUAUCUAUCUAUCUAUCUAUCUAUCUAUCUAUCUAUCUAUCUAUCUAAGUCUGUUAGUAUCUAUCUAUCUAUCUAUCAAUCUAAGUCUGUUCGUAUCUAAUAUGUUCGGAUCAAAGUCUGUUCCUAUCUAUCUAUCUAUCUAUCUAUCUAUCUAUCUAAGUCUGUCCGUAUCUAAGUCUUCGGUUCUAUCUAAGUCUGUUCGUAUCUAUCUAUCGAAGUCAGUUCGUAGCGAUCUAUCUAUCAAAGUCUGUUCGUACCUAAGUCUGUUCGUAUCUAUCUAUCUAUCUAUCUAUCUAUCUAUCUAUCUAUCUAUCUAUCUAUCUAAGUCUUCUGUUCGUAUCUAUCUAUUUAUUUAUCUAAGUCUGUUCGUAUCUAUCUAUCUAUCUAUCUAUCUAUCUAUCUAUCUAUCUAUCUAUCUAUCUAAGUCUGUUCGUAUCUAUCUAUCUAUUCUCUCUGUCUCUCUGUCUCUCUGUCUUUCUCUCUCCUCUUUUAAAAACAAGAAGUCUUUUGUCUUCCCAGCACAAAAUAGUAUACAAACGCCCUUAGUAAAUAUCAGUGUCAGAUACAAACGCAGCAACAGUUAUAGCAAAUCGAGAUUAAUUGCAGUUUUUUACUCCCCUCCUCGCUGA